AAGAAGACAGACGUGGGAGAAGGUUACGCUCAUUUUCUGUCUACUGGUGAUGGAACCCGGCAUCCCUGGGGACCUCUUCUUCCUUGUUGGGUGUGAUCGGCAAUGCUCUGUUAGUCUUUCUAAGGAAGAGAAAGUGAAGAGAGGAACCAGAUUUUAUCAUCAGCUCUUCUGUAGAUGUUCUUAUCCAGCAUGUACAUCAAUGACUCUCGAAGGACCACACUUGGACCCUAACCAGAGAGUCCAUCUGUCCAGCAUUGUUUUAGUCUCUCGGACCUUAUAAGCACAGAGCUGGAUUGUUGGGGGUACCUAUGUGGAGUAGAUAACAGCAUAGACAGUGGACUGCGGAAAAGGACUGGUGAUCUAUAAAAAGGCUGAUGUGUAUUUAGUGCACACAGUGGAUACAAGAUGCAGAACGUUUAUGGGAAGGCAGUCAAUAUGGGUGAGUACUGGUGAUCUAUAAAAAGGUUGACGUGUACUUAGUGCACACAGUGGAUACAAGAUGCAGAACGUUUAUGAGAAGGCAGUCAAUAUGGGUGAGUACUUGUGAUCUAUAAAAAGGUUGACGUGUACUUAGUGCACACAGUGGAUACAAGAUGCAGAACGUUUAUGAGAAGGCAGUCAAUAUGGGUGAGUACUGGUGAUCUAUAAAAAGGUUGACGUGUACUUAGUGCACACAGUGGAUACAAGAUGCAGAACGUUUAUGGGAAGGCAGUCAAUAUGGGUGAGUACUGGUGAUCUAUAAAAAUGCUGACGUGUACUUAGUGCACACAGUGGAUACAAGAUGCAGAACGUUUAUGAGAAGGCAGUCAAUAUGGCUUGUAGACUCUCUGAUGAUGAGGCUGAUGACUAUGAGAACGUCGACAACAGGAAGAUGCCUGCUCUACCGGAACGAAUGAAGAAGGAGAAAAAAAACACAGGCAAAAAGGACCUGCAGCUAAAACGACCAAGAACAGUUCCAUCAUUUCAGCCACCACCUAUAGGUCUUGACUUCUCUUCGGUAGCCGUAAAUGCUGCAUUCAGAGACCAGACAGUGGAGCAAACAUCUGAGAAGAAGAGCAAAUGGGACUGGAAGAAGAUGGUCCUGAUAUUCUGCUUGGUUCUCAUGUUUCUCUUCUGGAUCCUUCUGGCCAGCAUCAUGUUUAGCUAUUACUCCAGAAUCUCCUAUCAACUGAUUGAGCUGAAGACAAAUGGGUCCCAAAUCCAGUACCUAUCCAAGAAAGAAAGAGAAACUUGGAAGGAAGAGUUUUUGAAAGUCAACCAAACGCUGGUGAAUGAAAUAGCUGCCUUAAAAUCAGACGUACAAUCCAUUAAAAAAUUCUUGGGUCUCUGUAUGUCCUGUCCGGCUGGGUGGACCCUGGUAGAUUCAAGUUGCUAUUUUUUCUCAACGUCUCACGAGACUUGGGAGAAUUCAAAGACAGAAUGCAGCAACAUGGCUUCCUCUCUUCUCGUCCUGAACAGUCAGAAGGAUCUGGAUGCAAUUCUCCCAUUAAUCGGAAACAAGAGAUUCUGGAUCGGGCUGAGGAAGUACAAUAGAGAUACUUGGCUUUGGGUGGAUGGAACAAUCCCAAAGUUCACUAACUGGUUUCGUGGUGAACCGAAUAAUGUAGCUCAACGUGAGCACUGCACCGAGAUGAUCUCCGGAGGGUGGAAUGACUUGGAUUGUAGCAACAAAAUAGAUUACAUCUGCAAAACUUCCUGCUGAUCCUGGUGGACAUAAAAGACAGUAGUCCCCAUAGGCCAUGGUAGUGCCAAGUUUUGCCAAAUUAUUGAGCACCAUUCUUUAGGAAAAUUAAAAAGAUUCUAACAUAUUACUUACUAAGCAGUGCCAUACCGACCAUAGGAAUAUAAUUGCUAUAGGACUUUUCAUGGGACAAAACUGCUAAAAGGGGUACUCUUUCCCUAGACAUCUUAUCCCCCAUCCC